UGUGUCAUCACCGAUACUUUAGCUUUAGAUACUUUAGUUUUGAACAUUUUAUUAUCUUGAAUCGUUAAGUCCAUAACAAUGUAUUAUAUUUCUUAAACUGAUCCUUAAUUAGAUGUCAUUUCAGAACUAUAUUCACAAUACACAAAUACAAUAUAAAACCACAAAGUGUUCCGUUUCCUGAACCUGGCUCCGCCCCUCGUCACUUGGAGGCGUUGGGCUUUAAAUCGAGCGGAUCUCCGCCGCUGCGCGUGACAUCAGCAUCUUCUAUUCGCCGCGCGCAGCUAGCUUAGUCUCUUAUGUUAGCAGCUAGCAUUAGUCGUCCGCUUGGUUUUUACCGUGCAUCAUACACAGGGUGUGUCAUUUCACUGUGAGCUUCAUUAGCUGAAUCAGAAGUAUGUCGGUAAACGGACCCGGUGAAGACUCCACAGACGCAAAGAGUGGCGACGGACAACAGUCAGAGUUGUCUUUGUCUGCGUCUGGCUCCGUGGACGUGGACGCCAAGCCCACCUCCCACAGCUUCAGAUACAGUCUGAACUUCCCCAGCAUCGGCCAGUGCAUCGUGAUCAACAACAAGAACUUUGACAGAAGAACAGGCAUGAAUCAACGAAAUGGUACAGAUGUGGAUGCAGCUAACGCGAUGAAAGUUUUUGGGAAGUUGGGUUAUAAAGUGAAGGUUUACAAUGACCAGUCAGUCGACCAGAUGAAGCAGGUUUUAACAUCUGUGUCAAAGGAAGACCACAGCUGCUACGCCUCAUUUGUCUGUGUUCUGUUGAGUCAUGGCGACGAGGGCGUGUUCUUCGGUACCGAUGGCUCAGUCAAGCUAAGGUAUCUGACGUCACUUUUUCGAGGUGAUCACUGCAAAUCAUUGGUUGGAAAGCCCAAACUCUUCUUCAUCCAGGCUUGCAGAGGCACCGAUCUGGACGCAGGCAUUGAAGCAGACAGUGGAGAAGACGGCACUACCAGGAUCCCUGUAGAAGCAGACUUCCUCUAUGCCUUCUCCACAGCCCCAGGCUACUACUCGUGGAGGAACACGAUGUCUGGGUCCUGGUUCAUGCAGUCGCUGUGUGACAUGAUCACCACAUAUGGAAAAGAAUUGGAGCUUCAGCACAUCAUGGUUCGAGUGAACCACAAGGUGGCAGUAGAGUUCAAGUCUGUCUCCAAUUCACCCGGCUUUGAUGCAAAGAAACAAAUCCCAUGCAUUGUGUCAAUGCUGACCAAAGAGAUGUAUUUCUCCCCUUGAUGUCGCCUGUCCAUCGGAAGACUCCAGCCUUCAUCUGCAGGAGAAAGGCUGGAGUAUGAGGUGGUGUUUGUGAAUUAUUUUUAGUUUACACUGUCUGACUGCAUAUAUCUUGGAAGUUCAGCUCACAUAUUUCACAAUGCUUGGCAUUAUACAGUUCUUUCUGUGUGGAGCAGUUCUGAGAUAUGAGGCAUUGAGUGUUUGGUUUUUCUAUCCCUGCAGGACAACAACUUUGAAUCGUCUUUUAAACAUUUACCAUAAAAUGUUAAACAAAAGCAUUAACGUAACAAAAAUAUGGAUCUAAAAGAUGAAAUGUAAUUGGCCGUAUAAUCCCAAGCUCUGUUUUCUACCGGUGAAUGCCUCUCUUCUUUUUUUUUUUUUUUUUUAUACUAAACAAAUUUCAGGGAAAUAUUUUGGUAGCGUUUGAUAAAAACGUUUUUAUGUUUGUUUGAUCAUGAAAACAUAGAUAGGCUUCCUGCCCUCCAACAUCAGCAUCUUAUGACUAGGCAGUUUUUAACCCAAGUUUCUAAACACAACUAGUCUGUUUUGAAGGGAUCGGGUGUCAUUUCUGUGUCUGUUUUUAAUCUUUCUAAACUAUUGAGUGAAUUUAAUUAUUGGCUUUCAUUUUCUAAAUGUCAGACUUCAUAGCAUGCAUGAGAAAAGCCAGCCCACUUGCACGAUACUUUUAUUUGCUCAUUUCCAUACUUGAACACAUGUUUACGUCUGAUCUAAGGCAGUAAAUGUAUUUCUUGUGUUUUUUUUGUUGUUUUUUUAAGUUAAAACAAACGGGACACUUUUUGCUAUAAUUUCAAAACACAAUUUGAUUGUGUGCUGAUCCAGGUGCUUGUCGUUUGUGAGUAAAUAUUUCAAUAUUUACAGCAAACUAGCUGAAAUCAAUUUUGCUGUUAAAAUACUUCACUGUUUGACAAUCCAGGUUUUAUGUCGUAUCAAUAUACUUGACUUUGCUAUGAGCAUCACUUUGGGCUUUUUUUUUUUUUUUCAUUCGUAUUUUGUAAGCAGCGAUACUGUGAGGUUGGUGUAAUGUUAUUUUUUCUGAAAAAUAAAAACCACUUUUCAUUGUU